GUGCUCUGUGUUGACUGAAGAUAAAUAGAAAUCUGUGCAGCAGAGAGGCUAACGGAGGAGCUAGCGGAGGAGCUAACGGAGGAGCUAGCGGAGGAGAACCAGACGGAGGUUUAACGCCGAUACAGGAUGAGUUAGGCAGCCGACGUUCACGGGUGGCGCUGUUCCCCCAGCUGCUGUUUCCACGUUUACCAUCUGGGUCCCUGUUUUUCAGGUGUGUAGCAGCAGGAUGCCCCUCCCUCCACCAGGGGGACCCCUGCCUCCCCCCACCGUCAGCCAGGCCAACACCAUCCCUCCAAAGCUGAACAGGGAGGAGGUCAAAGGUCGCGGCGCUCUGCUGUCCGACAUCGCUAAAAGCACCAAGCUAAGAAAUGUGUCGGUGGUGAACGACUGCAGCGCUCCGCUGCUCGACAGUAAGAUUCAAACACCAAAGAGCCAAUCACCUUCCACAGAGCACCCAUACAUUCGCUUAUACCAAUACCUGCACCAGCAACCGAGCCUACAGGGGGCGGCGUCUGAGGAGCAGAAGAAGAUGGCCGAUGAGGAGCGCUCGGCUCUCUCCCUGGAGAAGCCCAAACGAGGCGGAGCAUUAACAGGAGGAGCCAAUGGGAGCGGAGAAGCAAGCCCAUCAGGUUCUGUUCCACCAAUCGGGGGCCUGUUCUCAGGCGAAGUUCCCAAACCGAGGCCAGUUGGAGACGGCUCAUCUGGACGUUUGCCCCCCACCCGAGCUGCCGCCCCCCGCCCCCCCAGUCAUCACCAUGACAACGCAGAGAGCCCCUCCCCUCAGGCGCUGUCGCCAUCGGAGACGAGUGGCUCCCAGCAUCCUUCACUUCCCAACCUGUCCUCCUCUCCCUCCCCCUCCUCUGCUGCCUCCUCCCCCUCCACCAGCAUGAAGCACUCCUCCUCUGCCCCCCCUCCCCCUCCUCCUCUCUGUCGUCGUGGUAAUGCCCCCUCCCCUCCCAACUCAUCUCACAACAGAGAGAAGCCCCUCCCUCUUGCACAGAGCAGCACCCCUCCCCUCCCUUCAAAACCUCCCCCCUCCCCGGGCAACAGCCGACGCCCUCCCACCUCAGGAGGUAACUCUCCCUCUUCCACUCCCUCCUCCUCUCUGGCUCCCCCCCCUCUAUCUUACCGCAUCAACAACGGUCUGACAAGUAGCGGCGCUGAGGUGGCGCCCGAGCUGCCACAGCGUCACAACUCCCUCAGCAACAGGAGGCCAGCCCCGUCACCUGGAGGCCCCACCCCCACCAGAGGCCCAGCCCCACCCCCUCCGCCUGCAUCUCCCACGCCCUCUCAACAGGGGUCCAAUAGGCCGGCGCCCCUCGUUAGAGAGGCACCAGGUAGAGGAGCAGCUCCUCCUGUUCCCGUCCAAUCAUCGUCCUCGAGGGCAGCAAGCAGAGAAGCCCCGCCUCCUCCUCCUUAUAGAAUACAUGGUAGCCCCUCCCUCUCAUCUGAUCCCCACACCAGAGGGAAACCCCCUCCCCCACCCACCCGAAACCCCGCAGCGCCUCCCCCUCCUCUCCGCAAUGGACACUCCUCCUCAAUCCCUCACUCAUUUGUUGACGACUUUGAGUCCAAGUAUUCGUUUCAUCCUCUGGAUGAUUUCCCUCCUCCGGACGAGUUCAGACACUUCACCAAGUUCUACCCGAGCAGAGCCAACACCGUGAUGAGAGGAGCUCCUCCACUGCCCCCUGUUGGGAGGUGAAGAGAACUACAGCACACGCUUACACGGACACACCCACAAACACACAUCUGCAGCAUACCUCACCUUCUGCUCGACACUCACAGCUGAUUGGCUGUUACCCGGUCUGACAGACGGACCAAUCUGUAGCCUGCUGAACCCCACUUUCAUUUUCAGUUUUAUUUUUGCACGCGCACUUUUUGUUUGCAGAGUGUGACUCGUGAAGAAGAACAGUAUGUGGCUCACAGCUGCUCUGCUCGGUUCUUCAGGAUCUUCUAGAUUCAUGUUCUGAGGUGACCUGGAUCACAUGACGUCUCCACAUAAGCUCAUUGGAUAAAACUGACCUGAACAUUGAUGUAAACGAGACGUCAGGACAUCAACAUUAACCCUUCCUCUCAGUGGUAGGUGUGUUAGCCUAGCAUAGCAUCUUUAUGCUAUAAAGUCACAGACAUGAGUCAGAGGUCCUGAAGAACCACAGAGACAAACUGUCUCCUGGACCUAAGUCCUAAGCGAUGAGGUUACCUGUAAAGAUUAUUUAGGCAGGAUCUGAUUGGACGAGGGCCGAAGGGAACCAGAGACUCACCUGAACCAAUGAACCAACAUGUUGAGUUCGAUUGAGCUCUGAAGCAGCUCCAUUAAUAAUAACUAAUGAUCCAUGAUAUUACUUUUCAUUUAGCUGACGAUGACAUCACUUGGUUCGUUAAGUUUAAUGUGCCAGAACAACGUUUGAGGGAAUCUCUCUCUCUCUCUCUCUCUCUCUCUCUCUCUCUCUCUCUCUCUCUCUCUCUCUCUCUCUCUCUCUCUCUCUCUCUCUCUCUCUCUCUCUCUCUCUCUCUCUCUCUCUCUUGUGUGUGCCAGUCCUUCGUCUACAUUAUCUUUUGUUUGAUUUUGUUGUUUUUAAGGUUUAAAGAUCAUACAAGUUAAAAUAAUGUCAGUGUAGAUAUGAACAUUUUAACAAUGAAACAACAAACGUCAUUUUGAUUUCCAUUUGUUUUUUUAUUGUGAAUUUACUAUUUUACUCUGCCCCCCCACCCCCUUAAACACUGAAUCUCAUCAGUUAAAACUUAAAAAGCUUCUGUACAAACUUGAACCUGUGAAAUCUCAUCUGAUGAUAGAUCUGUAAGUCUGCAUGUUUCCUCUGAAUAAACAGUUUCCUCUGAAUUUUUCUCAAA